AUGUCCACCACAUCCGCUCUGCAAACCCGCCUAAAAGAGCUGUCGUCUACACUGUCAGAAAUCCAGCCGCUUGUUGACCGACUGCGCACUUUCACCGCGUCCAUCGGCCAAGGCGACGAGGCCCGCGUGGAGCUUGGGUCCGAGAUUCAUGCACGGGUGAAGGAAGCCGAGGAGGAGCUGGAGCUGUUGCGGGUGGAGGUUGAGGCACUCGAUUCCGGUGCAAAUGAUAGGAGGAGGAGGUCUCUGGCUGGCAAUGGGGACAAGGAAGCAGAGAAAGAACGAGUGGUUGCGCUGGCGGGGAGGCUGGCGGCGGAUCUCAAACGGUGCUUACUGCUGUCACGGCCAAAGUCGCCUCCUGGAGAUGGACAGCGCCGACCGUCGGAGAAACUCACCCAAGGUGAUUUGGAACGGAAUGCAUCCAACGACGUUACGGCGGCAUUGCGGAGAACACACCAGCUGAUGCAGGCGGAGCUAUCCCGGAGCCAGUUUGCGCAAGAGACCCUCGAACAAUCCACUGCUGCCAUUUCCUCCCUGUCCGAAUCCUAUACCAGCCUCGACACCCUUCUCGCCUCGUCCCGCAGUCUUGCCAGCUCUCUGCUCCACUCCCAGAAGUCAGAUACCUGGUACCUCGAAACAGCGUUUUAUCUUCUGGUCGGCACUAUCACAUGGCUUCUCUUUCGCCGCAUUCUUUAUGGGCCUAUGUGGUGGCUGGUCUGGCUUCCUGUCAAAUUCGUUGCUCGCCUAGUCUUUGCAGUGCUGGGAGCAGGGGGGCUGUCUAGUACAGCUGUACAGUCCGCUUCAAGUCCACUUGGUGACAUAACUACAACCCUUCACGAGUCUGCUACUGCCGUCGUCUCAACUGCUGUGACCGGUAGUGGCGUAGCUGAGAGUGAGAAACCAUCAGCGCGUGACGACGAGGACAGCAUGAUUGACAAGAUUGGAAAAAUGGCCGAGGAGAGUGACCGGCCGCGGAACACGAAGAAGAGAAUGUACGAGGAGGAACCGGAUGAUCCGCACCGGUUUGAUGAGCUAUAG